AAGUAAGACAUACUUGAAAAACAGAAGAAAUUAACUUGAAUUUUAGAAAGAAAAAUCCAGAUUCUUUGCUAUGCAAUCCUUACUGCAUCCGGCAGCUCUGUCGGGCGGCGCCUUGACGGCGACGAUGUCAUCGGCGGCGCCGAAAUUGUUCACGCCCCACCUCAAGCAGACGUCGAAGCUAUCCAUGCGGGUAUCUGGCACCGUCAAUCUCUCAUCAUCUCACUCCUCAUUUUGUUCUCUAUCGACUUUGUUAUCUUGUACUCCUCUCAUCAAACGAAGAACAUCUCUCGCAUCCACGCCGAUUUGUUCUUAUCAGUCUCCUAUAAAUGAUGAUCUUGAAAAGGCCAAACUUGCUCAGGUUUCAAAGAGGUUACUAGCUACUUCAGCAAACUUCAAGAGAUUUGGAAGUUUAGGAUUCUGGGGACAGCUUACUUGCACAAUUGUGUCUGCUGUAAUUCUAUCAUUUUCUGUUGUUGUAACAGGGCAGAUCACAUCACCUACUACCUUCUAUCUUAAUGCUGCUGGUAUUGCUGCUGGAUUUAUUUCUAUAUUUUGGUCGUUCGGUUACAUCCGACUAUCUGAAAAGCUUCGAAAAACUGCCAACCAACCUUCCAAGGCUCCUCCUCGUGCUGAGGUUGUGCAAAGUUUGAAAAAUGGCAUACUGUUGAACCUUCUUGGGAUGGGUGCUGCUAUAUUAGGCAUGAUGGCCACAGUAGGGUCGUUGGUUGCAAAAUCUCUCACUUCUUCAGCUAAUCCUUUUGGCCAGGGUAUCUCACCUGGAUACAAACCCGUCCUUGCAUUGGAUGUUUUCUUGGUUCAGGCCUCUGCAAAUACGAUACUUUCUCAUUUCCUGGGGCUGGUUUUCUCACUUGAGUUGUUACGUUCCGUAACAUUAUCUCCAUCAGAUAGUACGCCUAUUCCAGGAGCUGUGUGAGAAACUGUGUCCAAAUGAAUUUCAAUAUAGUCUCUAGAUUUACUUAUGCUUGCUUCCCUCUUAAUAUAGAGGCUUCUCAUUGUGGUAACUAACUAACUAGCUAUGAUUCUUAGCUGCACUGAUUUUUGUAUUGACAAAAGUUUUGGAUUACAAAAUCUCUAGCAAUGGUUCAUUAUUGUUUGGAUUUUUAUUA